CAGUAGGAAUGGACAGAAGAAAGGAGACUAUUUUUAAAAGAAUUAAGGGUGAGACACAGCCGGUUGAAUAAGACUUUAAAUGUGAUAGGAAAGCAUCCAACAGGAAAGUGUGAUUAUUACCAGAAAACAGAGAUAGUGGAGCAUGUAUUUGUUAUGGGUGUCUCGUCAUUUAACAUUCAAACAGUAUUGAUACAGUACGGGCAGCAUGAGAGGGAAAGAGAGAGGUUGAGAACAAAAUAUUUGAGUCUGUAUUUUUUAAGAGAAAUGGGGCUGGCAGGUAGGAUUUAGUUUCUCCCUCCAGUGCAGUAGGUGACGGCAAUGAACCAUAAUUGUGGAUGCCAACCGCCGAUAAACCCCACUGAAGAAGAAGAAGAAGAAGAAGGAAAUUCCGGUCAACUUUCAGAGUUUCGCGCGCACUCGAAUGUCAGACAAAGAACUGCGGGUACAUUCAGCUAUCAACAUUUUCGAAUAAAUCAAUACAUUUGCAUAACUUCAGAAAUGACAACUGCUGAUUACGACCAGGCUUCUCUACCGGACUUAUUGCCUCUGUACUACCGCCGACUUUUCCCUUUCUCUCAAUACCACCGGUGGCUGAACUAUGGAGGAGUGACAAAGAACUACUUCCAGAAUCGAGAGUUUUCCUUCACGUUGAAGGAUGACAUCUACGUACGAUAUCAGUCGUUCAGCACACAGAACGAGCUGGAGAAGGAGAUGCAGAAGAUGAACCCGUACAAGAUUGACAUUGGAGCAGUCUACAGUCACAGGCCCAAUCAGCACAACACAGUCAAGUCUGGAUCCUUCCAGGCUCUGGAGAAGGAGCUGGUGUUUGAUAUUGAUAUGACAGACUAUGAUGACGUCAGAAGCUGUUGCAGUGGUGCAGACAUCUGCCCAAAGUGCUGGACUCUGAUGACCAUUGCCAUCCGUAUAUUGGACCGGGCCCUUCGAGAUGACUUCGGUUUCCGGCACUGCCUGUGGGUGUAUUCUGGCAGGAGAGGGGUGCAUUGCUGGGUGUGUGACGAGGCCGCCCGGAAGCUCUCUGUGGCGGCACGCUCCGCUGUGGCUGAGUACUUGAGUCUGGUCAAGGGUGGAGAUGAGACUGUGAGGAAAGUUGUGCUGUCAGACCCAAUUCAUCCAUUCAUCACGGAAUCCCUGACUGUGGUGGAGCACUACUUCUCCCAGUACGCUCUGCUGGGACAGGACAUACUGGGUAGCAAAGAGUCUGUAGACAAAGUGCUGGCUCUUUUACCUGAAGAUGUCAGAAAGAAGCUGCUGCAGUACUUCCAGACUGAAAAGAACCCUGAGAUGCGCUGGGAUACACUCAGAAGUAUGGCCCAAGACAAACGCACGACUGCCAAGAAGGGCCACUACUUUGAGAUGGAGAUCAUGCUUCAGUACUGUUACCCUCGGCUGGAUGUUAACGUCAGUAAAGGAGUCAAUCACUUGCUGAAGAGCCCCUUCAGCGUCCAUCCCAAAACAGGGCGCAUCUCUGUUCCUAUUGACCUAAGAGAACUGGAUCGCUUUGACCCCUUUGAAGUGCCCACUAUCAGUCUAAUCUGUGAGGAGCUGGAUCAGCCCAAGACUGAAGAGGAGCAGGAUGACACCAUGGAGAAUGAGAAUAAAAAAGAAGCAGGAGAGCGGCGGAAGAUGAGAGAUUACAAACGAACAAGCUUGGCGAAGUAUGUGAAAGUGUUUGAUAAUUUCUUGGAGGGGAUGGCUCACUCAAGGAAAGGGGAGGUUCUUAAAAACAGUGAUCUUCAAAAGGACUUCUAACCCUGUGCGGUGUCCAACAAUAGUUGGUCUAAUCUUAAACAAGCAUGUCAUAUUAGUUGUUAAUCUGACAUUUAAAAGAUGAACACACAUUACAUAUGCACUGUAAGCAAAUGGUUUCAGUCUGAGAAUUGUCAUGCAAAUAUACUACUCUAUGAAUGAUUGAAAAUAUCAGUUGUGCAAACUUUUAUAUGGCUUAUUGUUUUCUCAUUAAAUUGACUUUGUCCUCCA